CAUCAUUUUUCACAGUACAAAGGUCCGAGGUGUACGUGAAUGCAUCACUCAGUGACUCUGAGCGAAGCAGACGCUUGAUCUCGGUACUGCGUCAACUAACAACAAAUACUGUAGGUCAGUAUGGAGACCGUCCCAGCCGCGGCAGCAGCAGCAGCAGCAGCGCCUGACCCCCCAGCGCGCACCUUCUCUCAGGUGGCCUUCACGGACAUCCCGUACUCAUACCCGCCUUCCAAGCCCAUCAUCUGCCGCUUUACCCUCAACUCUGACUUCCAGUCAAAUACCAGGGACUGGGUGGGGAUCUUCAAGGUGGGGUGGAGCUCAACCAGGGAUUACCACACAUUUGUGUGGGUGGAGGUGAAUCAUGAUGCUCAGGGGCAAGAGAUAAGACAAGCUGCGUUUAAAGAAUACUACCUGCCCAAAGACGAGACCGAGUUCUACCAGUUCUGCUACGUUGACAACGCCGGGCAGGUGCGAGGAGCCAGCACUGCUUUCUGUUUCCGAAGCCCGUCAGAGCAAAACAUGGAGAGCACCACGGAUGACGACAUGCUGGUCAUCACGACGCAGGAGCAAGUUGAACAGAGUCAACGUGAGAAAGCUGAGCUGCAGAAACAGCUGGAUCUGAUGAGAGCAGAAAACCAAACCUUAAAGAGUUCUCUGCAGAGCGAUGCCGGCAGAUUCAAGGAGGGGAAUGAGCAAAGGGAGGCAGAGAACGCCAAGCUGCUGAAAGAGAUGGAUCAGCUGAAGGAGCACAACGAGAGACUCAAGCACACGCUGCAGCAGCAGAUGAAGGAGAACGACCGUUUAAAGGAGGAGAUGAUGAUCCAGAUGACCAAGCAGAUGGAAAUACAGAGACAAGACUCUACGGAGCAGGAAAAGCAGAGCGCCAGCUUAACGUCGUCAAGAAGUAGUGAGGAGAGAUAUAAUCGAGCUGUGAUGAAGAUCAAUCAGCUGAAAGAAGAGCGCGAGGAGCUGAAAGGGAAGCUUGAGUCACAAAGCGACGAGAUUGCCAAGCUGAAAGGCAAACUCAGAGAAACAGAGCGGGAGUUGUCGAAAACAUCGGACAGCAUCCAGCUUCUGCAGGUUGAUCUGCAGAGCACCAACAAAGAGAAGGAAAGACUCUCCGUGGAGCUGCAAAAGCUGCAAGGCCUCAAAGUCGACGCGGACGAACUGAAAAGGGAGAACCAGGAGUUGUGUAGGAGGCUUUCACAACAAGGCUCACUGCCGACGUCUCCACAGACGGAGCUCAGGGGGGAGGUUCAAAGUCUCUCCAGGCAGCUGCAGGACGCCCAGGUGAAGCUGGCGGCAGAGAAGGAGGAGACAAGGACCGCCAGGAGGCAAGCGGAGUACUUAGAAAAGGAGAUGCACGAUGUCAAGGAGCAGCUGAAGAAUUUGGCCAGAGGCUCUGAGAUGGAGGAGCGCAGAAGCGGCAAAUACGAGAUGCAACUCAGGGAGCUUAAUGCCCUGUUGGCAGAUAAGGACAUCGCCCUUGAAGCCAAGGAACAAGAGAUUAUGCUGAUCAACCGAGAGAGAGACGAGCUCACCAGAGAGAACCAGGAACUCAAAGGUGACAUUGAGAGGCUUCGCUCAGUUUACACAAACACCGCUCCACCGGCAGCCGACGAGCCGUCGUACUUGCAGCCAGACAUCGUAGCAGGCGGUGACGCUGCAGCCAGCCGCGACCAGCAGGACAGACCGGCUCAGCCCCAAAACAUAUACGAGACCAUAGAUAGCUUGCUAGUAUCACAAGAUGAGCCGUUGUUGGUGUGUCACCACUGCCAGGAGAGCUUCCCCGGCAUAACCCAGCAGGAGCUGGAGCAGCACGAGCAGAGUCACCGAGUGUGUCCAUUCUGCACGAUGAUCUGCGACAACAUGGAGCAGGCCGUGUUUGAAGAUCACGUCUACAGCCACGAGCUGUGAGAGCCGCGCCACGGGUGUGGUGGGAACCGAUCGUAGUGGUGGGAAACUGACUUUUUAUUUUAGUCGCCAUGGCUUAGAUUCUCAAGAUCUGCAAAAAUAACAAGCUAUUGCAUCUAUACAUGGAAGGGAUACAAAUGUCUCAUAUAUAAUCUCCAUAAAUAUAUGGAAUAGAGGAAUGCAUUACCAAUCAUAAAUGCAUGACACUAGCAAGACACAAGCAAGAAUUGUCAGAUUUAAAGGUAGUUUGGUCCACAUGCAGGACAGAAAUUUACAUUAUUGGACUAACUUUGGCCUGUUGGAUGCUUCAGCAAGUGCCUUAUAUUGGUACUAUUGCUCUUUGGUGCCUGUUCUAGAUUCCAGAACAGGCUAGAUGAUUCUGGCUAGAUGACUGUUUUACAAAUCUAUGGCUGGUCUUUGUAAAUGCUUAACUGUUUUUGUCAAUAAGUGUUUGUAUGUUGUUUCUUUUAAUUUAGCGUUUUCAGUCAUCCAUAUUUCACAUAUACGGGCUAAAACCAAGAGCAAAUUGGUUUUGAAUGCAGGAUGGGGGUGGAUUAUUAUUAUUAUUAUUUUGUUCCUGGGAAUUGAAAUUUAAUAUCUGAAAAAAAUGAUAUAAUUUACUCUGCUGUAUUUUUUGAACUCACUGAGAACUGAGGCUCGGUUUAUAUCUUUUUGUUUUUAAUGUUCUCUUUAUUUAGUUCUUUUUUUUUUUUUCAAAAUAUUGAAGUAAAUUUGCCAACAAUGCACCACAGGCAGUAAGGUAAAAGUCUGUCGCUGCAAUGAAAAAACAUUACCGGUUCUAACCAAUUAAAUGGUCACUGUAUUUAAUUCUGUUUUUCUGCUUAUCUUGUUGUCACAUCAAGCCUUUAUCGACGAAUUUGACUGUAAAUGUUUGAAGCACGUAAAAAAAAAAGUAAAGAAAAUCAGCUGGCAGUGUUCUCAUGUACAAAUUUUAGAGCAUCCAUUAAAUUUAAAAUUAAUUGCCAAGUCAAUUAGUUUAUUGUGCGGAAAGGUAUGCCCUCUUUUGUUCUGGUGUUCACAGAAUAAUGACAAUAGCAGGGUAGCUUUUUCAGGCAAUCUGUUUGGAAAGCCUGUUUACAUUCAGCCUGACAGUGAUGUCGUAGAUUUCUAGCAGCAGUUUACGACAGGCAUUAUUUUAAGUCCUUCUUUAGCUUCAACACCAUGAUUUUCUGGGUCUUUGCCACAUUUUCAGACAGUUGAUAGUGUUUUUCUUAAACAUGCGGGGUUCCCCUCCUUUUAUUUAUUAUCUAACUGUUCCCAGUAGCUCAGAUUAUAAUAAGAUAAGUUACCAUAACUAUGCAGAUGACACACCACCCUCCAAUACAAUGUCAUUAAAAACCUAUUCAAGCGCUGGGUAAAUAUAGAAGAAAUUAAAGUGAGGAUGUGCCAACAUUAUUUUCAGCUGCAUAAAAACAAAACCAAAGUAAUAAUUAUGUUAGGACCAAAAGAGGAGCGAUCAAGAGUCAACACACAGCUUCAGCUACUGAUCAGGCCUGAAAUCUGGCUGUAGUGAUGGACUCAGACCUAAACCUUCAGAGGCAUCUAAAGACAAUUACAAACCCGACCUUCUAUCACCCGAAGAACAUUCCCUGGAUUAAAGGACUAAUGUCUCAGCAGGAUCUGGAAAAACUCUUCCUGUCGUUUAUCUUUAGUCGAAUUGGUCACUGCAAAAGUCUCUUCCCAGGUCUGCCUAAAAAGCCAAUCAGACAACUGUAGCUGACCCAGAACCACAUCCCCAGAAUCAGAACCAAACCUGGAGAAGUAGCAUUCAGUUCUCUUGCCCCACUAAUCUGGAGCAAACUUCCAGAAGACGGUAAAACUGCUGAAACCCUGAGUUUCUGCAAAACCCAUUUCUGUAGCGCUGCCUUUUACUGUACUAUUAAACAUAAUUUCAGGCUGUAGUCCAACUUUCCGUUAUUAUGCAACUGUAAUGCGUGUCAUCAUAUAAAGCACUUUCAAUGCCUUUUUGCAUCUUGCGUUGCCUAAAGAUGUUGGAGGAACCUUCUUGUAUGCAGCUGACAGGCUGUGCACAGCUAUAGGUGGGGGUGGGGCAGCACUGCAUUCCUCUGUCCAUCCAGAUAAAAAACAAAACAGUUAUGCCAACAUUAAGGGAACUUUAAGCCGAUGGAUUGGUGUGAAAAUGAGUCGAGUUGAAAGCUAAGCUUUUGAAACCCCUGGUUUACCUUGAUGCUGACCUUUGUUUCUGGUGUGGAGCACCAGAAAUGUAAAGAGAAUUUGGCCCAAUUUACUUUGUUUUGUCUUAAUCAUCAUUUAAACUUAUCUUUAAGCACUAAACUGGGAUUGUUAUUCAUCAGUGGAGCCAUAACAACCAAAAGUGCUUCUGUUUGAGCUCUGUAUAUAUAUAUAUAUAUAUAUAUAUGGUUAAAAACAACUAAAUGUAACCAAGUUUUAAGUGGAAAAACCUGAGGGACUCUUUGGGGGGAAAGUUACAGCCUAGCAUUACAAAAUAGCUGUUUAUGCAACAUGUAGAGUUUAUUUUAAGCAAAGCUUUGGAUUUCUGACAUCAUAAAGGACCUCCUGGUCUACCAUACUAAGAUCGGCGUAUAUUUAAUAUUACCUGGUGAAUUUUAAGAGUAUCCUGGGUGAGAAAAUGGGUGUUUGAUCAGUUCAUGUGAUUCUCUGCAAAUACUGUCAGUGGGUUGUGCCGCAUAAUAAAAGCUCAUACAACA